CGGGAACUGGGCAAACGACAGUACCGCGACGGUGCGGUUGACGAUUAUUCUACCAUUGAAAAAGGGUAGGUAGCUAAUUUAGAUAAUUACAGUAGACUAGAAGAGUAUAGAUAGAGGCUAGAAUAGAGUACUGAUGGUAGGAAGUAGAGUAUGCUUUCUCCCACGAGCCUUUCUCAACCGAUCUCGACUUUGAUUGAGAGGUCAAGCUUCAUAGCCACGACGAGUAGGUACAUACAAUAAGAGACCCGAGAGUACCUAGAACUCAAGUUGUCGCAGCCGCGUGAGGUUCGAUCAAGAUCCAUGGGUCCGAGCUGGAGUCAAACCGGACUUUGAUGAUGUUUAACUCGAUUGGGUCGAGGCAGCGGAGAAUCUCAUGUGGAAUGCCAAAGCAUUUUCCCCGUCGACGCGAAUCAUAAUAAGGCUUGAUAUUAAUAGAGAAAACUGUCGUCAUCAGCAGAACCAGAUCGCGGGCGGGCGAAACAAGAAGAGCAAUAAUAAUGAGAACUUGGAUGAUUUACUCCACAGUCACAGUCUCAGCCGAGCCGACAACGUAAACAGUCUUCCGCGUGUAGAAAGAUCAAAAUAAUAUGGAAACGAGGGCUUCGAACAGACCUGGAGGUCAUCUGCAUGUCAUGCACCAGACAAGGAUGCAAGAAGUAAGCCUCGAGAACACGAGAACAGAGGAUUCGCUGCAUCCAUGACGGUUCGUGGUGGAAGAAACAGCUGUGGCCAGUGGGGCGCCGACGACUGCAGCUGAACUUCGCUCAGUCGUGCCUCAAGGGAGGAAAAGAGGCGGAGAAAGCGAGAUCGAGCGUGACCACCACAGCCAGCGCCUCGAGGAUCGUCAUAAUCAAAAUCACAAUCAGAAAUGAUGCCUUAGAAAUCGUCUUCCACCACCACCUCUCUUCGCAUCUAUCUUCCACCUUCAUCCCUCCCCUCCCUCACUCCGACCCUCCCCACCUUGUCUUUCGCUGUGUAUUUGCAUCACACGCAACUCCUCGGCCCGCAUUGCUUUCAUUGACCGGGCUGGGACUUUUUUUUUUUUUUUUGCUUUUCUUUCUUCUCUCCCGAAUUUUUCUUGUGUUUUUCAGUUUUAGCGACCUUUACCCACCGGCUUCAUCUCGACCGGCCCGAGAGUGGCCAUGACUUCGACUUCCGAAGCGGACGGCAGCGAGGAUGUGAAUGACUUUCUCCAACGCAUCCGCGAACUCGGCGAGAAACGCGACAAGGAGGAUGAGGAACGCACAAGGAAGCUGGAAGAAGAGAUUCUGCAGGGGCGAAAAGAGAGACAGGCUCGGAGAGCUGAGCGAGCACGGUCGAUUUCACCCACAAAGGACUCCUCUCCGCUCCUCGAUCCAGCCCGAUUGAGCAUGUCGUCGUUGAGUCACCGAGCGAUUGACCCCCCGGAACAGCUCGAGCCGACUCCUCGUACCCCGGUCCAUGACACACACAGCGGGUCGAAUUCAUUCCGCGAUGAGAUUGCAACAUCGGUAGAGAGCAGCCCCGCGGGCUCGAGGCUGGGAGGUGGUAGCGAUAAGGGAGCUUCCCCCAAAGCUUCGCCCAGAGCUUCCCCCACGUUACGGAGUAGAGCCGGAACUCUAUCUUGGCAGCAACGCCCAACUUCUCGAGACCUCAGCGGCAAUCGUACUUUCUUUUCAACUUCGCCUUCUCGCGAAACACGAUGGAGGGCCAUGUCGAAUGCCUCAACCGACGAACCUGGAGUCCUGCGGAGCCCAUUGGCGUCUAUACCGGUUUCUCGGGAAUCAUCUUCCUUGCGCCAGACGGAGGGAAGUGGUACGCCGACGCUGGAGAAACAAGGUGAGGAGCGGAAGGAAGACCCUUUUAUGGAAGCCAAGGCGAAAGAGCCCGAAGUGGAGAAGGCCACAGAGCUAGAGAAGGAGAACAUCCUAAUUGUUGAUGAACGAUCGCCGCCUCCGUCACGAGCUAGCUCAACGUUGCCAGACAGCAGUCUGGGAUACCGGUACUCCAGUGUAUCCUCUGUCUCCACAGCCACAGGCCUUGGCUCGCCGAUACCUUUGGCUGGCGCGCCGAAAUUCGAACCACCGAGGGCUGAUGAUGGCGUGGAAGGCCACACGGUGCCUCCGACGUCUCCAAGGCGACUUUCCCCGGAGCGUUCCACUUCACCAACGAAGGGGCUUGGUGGAUUCGUCCAAAGUGCCAUGUUGAGGCGGUCAGACAGCAUAUCCAAACGAUGGAGUGCUCAGCUUCCGUCCGGUCGUAGUCGGGGCGAAUCCUUUACGAGCAAUCGCAAUAGCUUUGCUGCUCCGAGCAACACCGAUAUAUUCUCCACGCCCAAAUCGAGCCAUGAAGGAUCAUCGCUGUCACCCGUCCGACCUACAUCAAGCCACAGUGAAGCAACUAUCGUCUCUCAGACAAAAGAGGGCGAACGCCCGGCUACACCUCCAGUGCCGCGAAGGACUGAGAACAUUAGCCGUCCACCACUCAGCUUACAUGCGAGAUCUACAAGUUCUGUGGGCGUUGAUAGUCCGGUCGACUCGAAUUCGAGGCCUACAACGCCUUCAACUUCUAGGACCAUGGACCCAAGAAGGUGGAGCCCAACGAAAUCUUCCUGGUUGGAGAGUGCUCUGAACCUUCCAGACUCGCCAAGGCAUAAAAGGCAACCAUCUCAGCAAACAUCCUGGGCGAAGGAAAGGCAAUCGAGGGGGAGUGUAGACUUAGGGCGCCGAAACAGCUUCAAGGAAGUCACUCCUGUCGGCCUGAUGCGGACUACACCUCUCGGAAGCCAUGUUACGAAACCAAGUCUUUCUGGUAUUCCAGAUGUGCUCAAUCCCAGUGAAUCUAGCCCAACUAGGGAGGAACACCCUGUUCUUUCUAGCCCAACAAAAGAGAGAUCAUUCACUCCCUCUAGUCCGACAAAGGAGGAAACCCUUGGUGCGAGUCCAACUAAGGAGGAAACGCCAAUCAUCCCCAGUCCAACGAAAGAGGAAUCGCUUGCCUCUAGCCCCAUUAAAGAGGAGCCUCGAGCUUUGUUCAGUCUGAAAACUGAGGAAUCGCGAGACCUUCCCAGGCCGACCAAGGAAGAGCCGUUGGGUUCUCCUGGCCCAGCCCAAGAGGAACAGAUGGAUAUCGCUAGCCCGACGAAAGAAGAGCCACAAAGUGUUCCAAGUCCGACUGAAGAACCGCCAACCUUGACCAGCCCUGCUAGAGAGAAGUCGUUGGAAACCCCUUCGACCGAGACUAGCCCGCCCCCAGAGCCUAAGGUCAUUGAAACUCCAGCUGAAGCACCAAAGUUUAGCACUACAAAGGCAGUGACACGCAAACCUGCACCUCCGUCUUUGUCACCUGCACCUAGACUUAACGAUGGGCCUCUACAGUCUCCUCGUGAGCCCAUUCGUGAUCCUCUCUUAACCAGGCCAAAGCCUCAAUCACCAGUAAUUGAUUUCAGAGCAAACCUUCGAAAACGAGAAGUGGCAAAGGAUCAGUCCACAUCAGCGGAGCCGGAAUUCAAGAACGUUUUUGGAAAGCUGAAAAAGACAGAGACAUCAAAUUAUGUCGCACCGGAUGAGCUGAAAAACAACAUACUUAGGGGAAAGGCAGCUCUGAACACCACUGGAGGACCACAGAAAACUCAGAGGGUUGAUGAGUUCAGGGAAAGCAUCCUCAAACAGAAAGAAGCCAUGAAGUUGAAUGGUGGUUCCGUGCGCAGAAGCACUGUCGGGCAGAGCGAUGCGCCUACGAAAGCUGUUCCAGAAGCGAUCCUGAAGCGUCAACACCUAGCCAAGCCGAGUAGCGACAAGAAUGAGCUUCCAGCGGAUGGCGUACCAUCGGCCGCAGCCGAUAAAAAUAAGUCUCCAGUGCGCUUGCAUAAUCGCCAACUUUCGCUUGAUCCUUCUAGUGACCAUGAGCGAGCUGCGCCGCCUCAGCCUGAGCCAACUGUUACCGAUGAGCGCAUUGAAGAUAUUGAUUCUCCAAAAGAGGAUUUGUAUCAACGUGCCACCGUUGCUGAGACGAAUGACGAGUUUGAGCCAAAGGAAGAUGAAGCACUCAAAGUGCAAGAGGAACCGGUAGUGGAGGCCAUUAAACCGGUGCGUGCUUUUCCACCGAGAGACACCGCACGGGCUCCCAGCACGCUACCUGUCAAAGAUGGCCCUGUUACUAAAGGUAGCCUCGCAGGCCGAAUAAACCCUGCUUUGGCGGGCCUCUUGUCUCGUGGCCCAUCCGUUGCGGCCGGAGGUCCAGUAAAGGGCUUGCCCGCACCCAAAUAUGGAGAAAGCAGUGCAAGUGCCGAGAGUUCGACAUCCGCACCGACGCUCACUCACAUGACGAAAGCCCGCGCAAGAGGCCCUAAAAGACGACCCCCCAAGACAAUCGCUUCGACAGACGCCAUUCCAGAUGAAACUAGUUCCAGCACCUCUCCAGACACCCCGCCACUAUCUUCCGACGUAGAGUCCGCCGCAACUGCUUUUUCACCGACUGAACCAUCUUUCGAUACCUCAGGCGGCUGGCCUCUUCCUGACCAAGGCGUCCAAUCGAAUGUUCUUUCAGAAACAGAACUUGUCCAACCUCCCUCCCCGGCUACGAGCAUACCGAAGACCGUCAGAGAUAGCUUACCGCCAGUACCCGAGAAAGACCCGAGUCCGAGUCCGAAUCCCGCCCCUUCCACGCCGUCAAAGAGACCUCAAAUCCUGGAGCGCAGAGUAUAUGAGGCGGAUAGUCAGGACAGAUCUCCUUCGAUCAGGUCGGCCUUUACUCCAUCGCAACCUGCCACCUCGCCAUCAAGUCCUCAUGGCAGCCAGACACGAAGUUCGUUAGCUCAGUACUCGUCUCCAUCACCCUCCCCACUAAGGACAAGUUUUAGGGAGAACCAAUCCUACCCUUCCCCGCGAAUGACCGGCCACCACGCCUUUUUAGCUCGGUCGAGAGACUCCUCGCCAUUCCGAAAGUCUUUGCCAUCUCCGCCAGUCCCUCCCAAGGGGCCCAGCAUAGCUACGGAUGAGCCGUCAUCCCCGAGGUCGUCCGUCUCGCUGGUACCUCAGGCCGAUGAGUCCCUCGAAGCAAUCUCCCAUUUCUUCAGGACAUUUCCGCGUUCCAGUGAUCGUGUCAACAUUGAUCCACAGCUGAUGCUGAUGGAAAAGAAUGACGGCUCUAGGAUCAGGACGCUAAGGAAGCAAGUAUGGGAGAUUACGGGUGAGGGAAAGAAGCAAGACCUUCCAACCAACAAAGAGUAUAUUCUUUUCGAAGGGUCAAUGUACCUGUGCGUCCACGUGUUCGAGGAGGAUGGCAAUGCGCGAUCAGAAGUUCACCUUUGGUGCGGGGAUGAUGUGUGGGGUGGAGCAGUUGAUAACGCCUUGGCCUUUGCUCGAAAGGUUGCUCGAGAGAAUGGCUGUAAACUGGAGGUUGUCAGCCAAGGCAAAGAGCCCGCUCGUUUUAUCCAAGCACUUGGCGGGAUCCUCAUCACGCGGCGUGGAUCGAGCUCGCGAUCUAGCUCUUCGGCUAUCUUCAUGCUUUGCGGGCGGAAACAUCUGGGGCAAAUGGUGUUUGACGAGGUUGACUUUGCGCCGCGCAACCUAUGUACCGGUUAUCCAUUUGUGCUGUCAGCCAUGUUUGGCAAAGUAUAUCUCUGGAAAGGAAAAGGCAGUUCUGCUGAAGAGAUCGGGGCCGCACGGCUCAUCGGCAUGGAUCUUGGACUUACGGGAGAAUUCGAAGAAGUCGCAGAGGGUGAAGAGCCUAGCAGCUUCUACGAAGUCUUCCCUCAUCAGAAGGAGACCGAAGAUUAUAUCCGCUCAAAUCACUGGCUGCUGAAACCAGCGCACGAGCACUUUGGCCAUCGUUUGCUUCGUGUAGACCACGAGCUUGGCCAGCGAUCAUUUUGGAUCCGGCGUCCAGGUUCAUCGUCUCCAGUGAUCCGUCCAAACGACACGGUUCAAGAAAUUGAGCCGUUCUCCCAGAAGGACCUCUCUCCGAAAGGUAUAUACAUCCUUGAUACCUUUUUCGAGAUUUAUGUGAUCGUUGGCGAACAAGCUUCCAACCGACCGGCCGAGUUUGCGUCCGCUGUGGUCUUCGCGCAUGAGUACGGCAUCCUGGCUGCAUCACUCCAGGAUCGACCCUUCAUCCCCAAGAGCUACAUCUCCCUCGGUGGAGCCCCGGAAUCAUGUCGCAGCGCGUUCCGCAAGUGGAGCCGACGCCCACUACAACGACCCCCCCAAGUGUAUCCUCUCAACGCAGCCAUUGAUGCGAUCCGAUCCUGAUUUCAUUCUCCUUCUUCGACUACUUACAUUUGUGAUUGAUUAUUGGAGUCUUAAUUUCCCACUCGGAUGGGAUUCCUCCUUCCUGUUCAUACAUAGACGCAUUCAUCAAGUUUUGCAUUCGGUCUGUAUAGCGACCGUCGGAUGGAGUGGGGGAGCAUUUGUCUACUGUCCACGGAGCCUGAGCGGGCUCGAUCCGGUCACUCUCUUGCAUGUGUAUUAUCGAAGCCAUACCCAGCUUUGAGCUUUUGCGGCAUAUCUGGUUGAUUUCUGUUUGGGCGUACAGGGCAACAUGUUCUGGUGAAUGGUGAAUGGUGGCUAUUUCUGACACUUGAUAUAACAUAUAACAUAUACCAUAUAUAUUAUUGCCUCUAUUAUGCCUAUGUGGCUGCAUUGAAGGUCUAGAAUCUCUGCUAGAUGCAACACGGCUUGAAUCUGAUGAUCGAAUAAUGUUAUCAGCUGCUGAUAUGCUCUGGCUGGCUUAUCGAGUCGUGUUGGAGAUCUCGGCCGUUCGGGCGGGCCCACUUGCGGG